AUGGGAGGUUUAUGGAGAGCGGUUGGCGGCGAGAGGAAAGAGGUGAAGGGGACAGGGAUUGGUGGGGACGAGUGGACGAGUGCACGAGGGGUUGCCUUCGUCGAUCGGAACCGGGAGAACAACACUUGGACAUCGUAUGGGAGCACAUUCCUGGGAGACGGUGUCUUCAGAGAUAAUGCGGAGAUAGGGAAUACUGUGAAUAAAUAG